AUGAACAAGUCCUGCGCCUGCCCAGCCCAUUCGCACGCCCGCGCCAUCCAGAACCAACAGAACGUCAGCUGCGGAAAGCACCAUCACCACACCAAAGAAGGCAGCCACGACCAUAAUGACAAGAACCACGAGUACGCGUUCGAAAUGGCGUCGUCGACCAUGCGUUUCGGCGAGGGCGUCACCCGAGAAGUCGGCCAGGAUCUCGCCAACAUGAACGCCCAAAAAGUGCUUGUCAUGACUGAUCCCAACAUUGCCAAGCUGCCUGUUAUGAAGACUGUGAUCGAGUCUCUUAAGGCCAAUGGUGUCCCAUUCGUGAUCUACGACCGUACUCGAGCUGAGCCAACCGACCAGAGCUUCCAGGAUGCGAUCGACUUUACUAAGGCUCAUAAGCCGGAUGUCUUUUUGGCAGUCGGUGGUGGGUCAGUCAUGGAUACCUGUAAAGCCGCCAACUUGUACUCUCAUUAUCCAGAGGCGGACCUGCUCGAGUUUGUGAAUGCACCGAUUGGAAAGGGCAGUGUGAUCCAUAAGACGCUGUCUCCUCUUAUUGCCAUUCCAACUACAGCCGGCACAGGAAGCGAGACGACAGGAACAGCCAUCUUUGACUACAAACCACUGAAUGUCAAGACAGGAAUCGCCAGCCGCAAAUUGCGACCGACACUGGGCAUUGUCGACCCACUCAACACACGCACCAUGCCAAGUCAGGUUAAGAUCGCCUCAGGUCUGGAUGUGCUGUGCCAUGCAUUAGAAUCGUACACAGCCUUACCGUACCAGGAGCGUACACCUCGACCCGCCAACCCAGCCGAGCGUCCGGCGUAUCAGGGCUCGAACCCUAUUUCGGACAUUUGGUCUUUGGAGGCCCUGAGAUUGACUGUCAAAUAUCUGAAGCGCUCGGCCACGGACCCCCUGGACAUGGAGGCAAAUGACCAAAUGUGUCUUGCUGCAUCGGCUGCGGGGACUGGUUUCGGAUCUGCAGGUGUCCAUCUCUGUCACGGAAUGAGUUACCCCAUCAGCGGACUGAACAAGAGCUAUAAGCACCCGGAGUACAAUGUCGACCACAAAAUUGUCCCUCACGGCAUUUCUGUCGCGGUCACUGCCCCAGCCGUGUUCCGCUACACAGGCGAGGCCUGUCCUGACCGCCACCUCAAGGCUGCCGAGGUCUUCGGCGCAGAUAUCUCCAAGGUGCGCAAGGGCGAGAGCGCCGGCCCUUUGUUGGCAGAUCAACUGACAAAGUUCCUGGAAGGUUUGGGCGUGCCCAGCGGACUGGAGUCAUUGGGUUACACCAGGGCAGAUAUCCCAGCUUUGGUCAAAGGUACAUUACCACAGCACCGUGUCACGAAACUGGCACCCCUGCAAACAGGUGCUGAAGCGCUAGAGAGGAUCUUUGAGGAUGCCAUGAAGAACUAUUAA